AUGACCGUUGAAUUAGAAUACGAUUAUGAUGCGGCAACGGCAAAUAUGGAUACAUUCUCACAAAAUGACAUAGAUUUUUUGCAACAGUGGGCUCAAAAAUUGGACAAAUCGAAAUACGUGCCAAAGGACUUAACGAAUAAACAACUUUUAUUAUUUUAUAGUGCUUGUUAUGGAGAUAUAGACAAAACAAAGACUUGCAUUGAAAAAUAUUAUCGGUUCAGGAGGAGUUCACCUGAAUUUUUUGAUGAUCGUUAUUUAUAUUCUGAAGAAUUGAAGAUCAGUACUAAAGUUAUACCUUGCGAUAGCUCUAACUCUGAGGACGAAAGUGAUAUAGAGAACGAAAAUGAAAAUGGUUUCGUCAUCAAAGCUGAUCCCCGUGGGGUCAUUCCCAAGCUGGUAUAUAAAGAAUUGAUAACUAAAGUCCGGAAAAAAGUAAAAUUUCUCAAAGGUUCGCCUACUCGCAUGGAUAUACUAAAUUCUUACCUGGAGUCCAAAUCUAAAGACACGACACUGAUCGAUUGCAAGACUCGUUGGAGCACCCUUGCUGAUAUGAUAGCAAGAGUUCUAGAAUUCAAAGACGCAAUUCAAAAGAUAUUAAUUGAUCCCAAAGAGAAGACUCAAAAGAGCGAAAAUCAAACUUACUAA